AUGCUGCCGUGGAAGAAACACAAGUUCGAGCUGCUGGCCGAGGCGCCGCCGCGGCAGGCGUCCAAACCCAAGGGCUACGCUGUGAACCUGCACUACUCGGCGCUCAGCUCGCUGGCUCGGGCGUGCCCCGAAGGGGCGCUCAGCCGGGUGGGCAGCAUGUUCCGCUCCAAGCGCAAAAAGCUGCACAUCACCAGCGAGGACCCCACUUACACAGUGCUCUAUCUGGGUAAUGCCACCACCAUCCAGGCGCGCGGCGACGGCUGCACCGACCUAGCCGUGGGAAAGAUCUGGAGCAAGAGCGAGGCGGGCCGUCAAGGCACCAAGAUGAAACUGACAGUGAGUGCGCAGGGUAUCCGCAUGGUGCACGCCGAGGAGCGCGCGCUGCGCCGCCCCGGCCACCUAUACCUGCUGCACCGCGUCACCUACUGCGUGGCAGACGCGCGACUGCCCAAAGUCUUCGCCUGGGUGUACCGGCACGAGCUGAAGCACAAGGCGGUAAUGCUCCGCUGUCACGCGGUGCUGGUGUCCAAGCCCGAGAAGGCGCAGGCCAUGGCCCUGCUGCUGUACCAGACGUCGGCCAACGCUCUGGCGGAAUUUAAACGUCUCAAGCGGCGAGACGACGCGCGUCACCAGCAGCAGGAGCUGGUGGGCGCGCACACCAUCCCGCUAGUGCCGCUACGCAAGCUGCUCCUGCACGGACCCUGCUGCUACAAGCCACCGGUGGAGCGCAGCCGCAGCGCGCCUAAGCUCGGCUCCAUCACCGAGGACCUGCUCGGCGAACAGCAGGAGCAAGAGCUUCAGGAGGAAGAAGAGGAGCACCCCCAGAGCUGCCUGGAGGAGGAGGACCGUACGGGGCAGGGGGAUCCAACAGAGGAGGAGACCGAGGCGCAGCGGGCGCUGGUAGUGGCCAUGCACCUAGAAUGCGGCGAUUUGCUGGACACUCUGGAGAAUGGCCGCGAGGAGGCGCUGGGGGGCGGCGGGGUCUCGCUGGGCCCCGGGGCCGGACCACUGCCUCUGUUGCUGGGUAGCGCCUCCGACAUGAAGGCCGAGCUGUCGCAGCUUAUUAGCGACCUGGGUGAGCUCAGUUUCGGCAACGACGUGCGCACCCUGCAGUCCGACUUGCGGGUGACGCGCCUGCUUUCGGGCGACAGCACCAGCAGCGAGAGCUCCAUCGAGGGCGGGGGCGCAGAUGCCACCUCUGCCACCGCCGGGGACCAGUCUGGUCUCACUGACGGCGGCAGCUCGGACGAGCCCCACUCGGGCUGAGCUCCAGACUCUUUGGUGCUCCCCACCCGUGGUCCCGACGACCUCCCUAUCCCCCGGCCGCCCCCAGGAAAGGAGAAAUGGGGUGCUGGGGGCACAGGUCCGGAGUUCCUUCUGGACGCUCCUCCCGCCCCCCGCGGCCCCGCCACUUUUGGCUGUGUUUGAGGCGGGCACAGGUUGCGGGUGGGGCCGUGCGGAGAUGUGAGAGGGGAAAACCCCGCAAGGAAGGAGAGGGGCAGCCAGGCUGGCGUUCGCGGAGUCACCGGCCUGAGGUGUUGCCGGCCAGCUUCCUGUUUGUGGGGCGCUGGGGCCUGAGGAGGAGGGGUUGACUUCCUCCCCUCAGCCCCCUGGAACGGCCCUGCACUGUCAUAGACAUGUCCUUUAAAGAAAAAGAAGUUUUGCUUUCACAAUGUUUGAGGCUUUAAUGUCAUCCAUUCGCCCCCAGUUCUUUUUGGUGUGAGAGCUUGGGCGCUUGGGCUGUUUACCUCAGACUCAGACCCUUGAAAUUCUGCCAAAUUCCUCAAAUAACUGUGUGUGUGUGGGGGGGGGGGAGAUGAAAGAAAGAUGCAUUUUGUUUACAGUUAAAGACAUCUAAUACCUAAAAAAGGAGUUUUCCUUUAGAAACACACACCUUCCUCCUGCUCAGAUAUCACUCCAUGAUACUGUGUAAAAUAAUUUUGCACUGUUGUGAAGUAUUUUGGACAUCUUUUGUUUUUGUACAUAACUGUUCUCAGAGCUGAAUGUUUAUAUCUUUUGCUGUGCAAAAGAAACAUGUAAAAUGUUGUUCAGUUGUAUAUACAGAAAUGUAUAUAAAGCAUUUUGUUAUUUUUUAAGAGGAGCACUGUUCUGGUUCUGUUUGCACGUUAGUGGGGAGAGAAUAAAGCGGAAAAUGUAACAGAA